AUGGUAUUGUUGGGUUAUUUACUUCUCGAUCGAAUGACUAAGGAUGAAGAAUUCGAUAAGAUACCUGGUCCAAAAGGAAUAUUUUUGUUUGACAAUGAGAAAAGUAAUGAUCUAGUAAAGAAGCUUGAAUUUGAAGUGAAUAAAAUAAAAACUGAUCUUCAUCCUUAUGUAACUGACCUCUCAUUGAAUUCUGUUUGUGAAACAGCAAUGGGUAUAUCCUUAGAUAAAGAAGCGUCUGAUUUCUCGAAAACAUAUAAAAGCGCUGUACACAAACUGGGUUCAUAUUUAUUUUAUAGAAUAAACAAAAAAUUUGGCUUUAUCCAAAUAAGAUAUUUAGCAUUUCUCCCAAUAGUGAUGAUAGAAAAAUAUAUACAGAUAAAGCAAAUGAUGACUCAUAGUGUGGAUGAUACAAUCGGAACUAAAAAGAAAAGACUGGCGAUGUUGGACUUGUUACUAGUAUCUGAAAAAGAAGGUAAAAUCGACAGGGAAGGAAUUCAUGAAGAAGUUGAUACUUUUAUGCUUGCUGGAUAUGACACCACGGCAACCGCUCUUAAGUACGCGUUUAUGCUUUUAGCUAAUCACAAAGAAGAACAGGAUAAAAUUUUGGAAGAGAGUGCUCAGAUAUUAAAUUCACCGGACAGUAAGCCUACCAUGAACGACUUAUCACAGAUGAAAUACUUAAAGUCGUGUAUAAAAGAAACCUUAAGGUUGUAUCCUCCUGUUCACUUUAUAAGCAGGCAAAGUGACCAACCGGUGCAAUUUAGUAAUAGAAUUCCGUUUAGUGCUGGCCCAAGGAAUUGUAUAGGUCAGAAAUUCGCGAUGCUAGAAAUGAAGAUGGCCAUCUUAGCUGUUCUCCGAGAAUACCGACUUUUACCCGUCACUAAGCCGGACGAUAUCGUCAUCUACAUGUAUUUGAUAUUGCGGUCAACGGAACCAAUAUACGUCAAAUUCGAAAAAAGAAAUGUCUAAUAAA